AUGGAUCUCUUUGGUGAAGAGAAGGACGAGGAAAAGGAAGCCGUCGAGGAGAGGGUGGCUGCUAAGGACUCCAAGAAGCAUAAAGAGAGCCCAACCGGUUUCUCUGUUAUCACUCACCAUCUCCUUCGAACAUUUGACCUACAUUUCUCAUCUCAAAAUCAGAUUUCUCAAACAUGGAAGCCAAGGCAUAUACCUUAUAGGGAUUCCAGGAGAAAACUUCUACCAUGGACAAAGAGGGUCGGUUCCUCGUGGACUUGUUGA